AUGGCUCCCAAACAGUGCCCUUUUGAACAAAUGAAAGGAGUGUUCUCUUCCACCUUUUAUCUUUCUCUUUUCUUCUUUAUCAGUGUCCUUUUAUUGCUUAAACUCACAAGAAAAAACAAAUCCAAAACCAACUUGAAUCAGCCUCCAUCACCACCAAAACUACCAAUCAUAGGCAAUCUUCAUCAGUUAGGCACACUGCCGCAUCGAUCUCUUCGAAACCUUGCUCUUAAGUACGGUGGCAUGAUGAUGUUGCAGUUGGGGCAGAGACAAACACCAACUCUGGUGGUUUCAUCUGCAGAAGUGGCCAUGGAAAUCACGAAAAAUCAUGACAUAGCUUUUUCGAACCGGCCUCACAACACUGCUGUCAAAAUAUUGUUGUAUGGAGGCAAAGACGUUGGGUUUGAAGUCUACGGAGAAGACUGGAGGCAGAAAAGAAAAAUAUGCGUGGUCCAAUUUUUGAGCAUGAAAAUGGUGCAAUCGUUUGGUUUCAUCAGAGAAGAAGAAGUUGCAGAGUUGGUGAGGAAGCUGCGUGAAGCAAGCUGCAGUGAUGCGCCUUACGUGAAUCUGAGUGAGAUGAUUUUGUCAACCUCGCUCAAUAUCAUAUAUAAGUGCCUCUUCGGACGGCAGUAUUCAGGAGACAGUGACGGAAGGGUGAAAAAGGCGGUGAAAAAUAUUAUGAUUCAGAUUACAGCUUUCAGUGUGAGGGAUUACUUUCCAUUGUUGGGUUUUGUUGAUGAUCUCACCGGAAAAAUUGGAGAGUUCAAGGCCACUUUUGAAGCCUUGGAUGCUGUUUUUGAUAAAGCAAUCGAAGAACAUUUGACAGCUAAAGCGCACUCCCAGAAGGAAACCUUCCUGAAUAUUCUCCUCCAACUUCAAGGCCAUACCACGCUCACCAGAAAUGAUGUCAAAGCACUUAUUAUGGACAUGUUUAUUGGUGCAACUGAAACAACUGCAGUAGCAUUAGAAUGGAGUAUUUCGGAACUUGUGAGAAAUCCACGCAUAAUGAAGAAAGCACAAGAAGAAGUGAGAGAAGUCGUGGGACAUAAAGCUAAGGUAGAAGGAAAGGACAUGAGUGGAAUGCAGUACCUAAAGUGUGUAAUCAAAGAAACUCUAAGGUUGCAUCCACCUGCUCCUCUGUUGGCUGUUCGAGAAACAAUAUCUAGCGUGAAGCUGAAUGGAUACGAUAUUCCUGCAAAAACAAUGGUAUAUAUCAAUGCAUGGGCAAUUCAAAGAGACCCAAAAUUUUGGGAAAACCCUGAAGAGUUUCUACCAGAGAGGUUUGAAAGCAGUAAAGUUGAUUUUAAAGGUCAAGAUUUUGAGUUUAUUCCAUUUGGCAUUGGAAGAAGAGGCUGCCCUGGAAUAAAUUUUGGACUUGCUUCUGUUGAGUAUUUGUUGGCUAAUCUUCUCUACUGGUUCGACUGGAAACUUCCAAACACUGAGCCACUAGAUAUGAGUGAGAUAUUUGGGCUCGUGGCUUCAAGGAAAACACCACUUAAUCUUAAACCGAUGAUAUAUUAA